GUCGCAUGGUCCUUCACGUGAUUACAAUAUUAAUUUGCCAAGUUGAUAUCGUCAUGACUCAUGAGCAAAGUGCUGGUCGAACAUCGACGUAUUCUUGGAUAAUGUUCGAUUUUUGAACUGGUCCUAAUUCUAAUAUCAAUAUUCUUACGAAACUAAUCACAUUGGUCUAUAAAAGCCCACUCACACUUCAUCUUCCACUUCAAAAUUCGAACUUUCGAAGAUUCUCAUUCUCUCCACUACAGCAACAAAUUCACAUUCCUCUCUGUUUUUUUUGUUUUCGAUUCUCCUUCUUCAAUGGCUUCCAUGUCCACCGUCUUCCCCAAACCAACCUCUUUCAUCUCUCAACCUCUAACAAAAUCUCACAAAUCCGAUUCCGUAACCACAUCCAUUUCAUUCCCUUCGAAUUCGAAAACUCGUAGCUUAAGAACCAUCUCUGUACGAGCUGGCUUAAUCGAGCCAGAUGGUGGGAAACUUGUGGAUCUUGUUGUACCGGAACCGAGACGGCGAGAGAAGAAACACGAAGCGGCGGAUUUGCCGAGAGUGAGAUUGACGGCGAUUGAUUUGCAAUGGAUGCAUGUGUUGAGUGAAGGUUGGGCUAGUCCUCUUCGUGGGUUUAUGAGGGAAUCUGAGUUCCUCCAAACUCUUCAUUUCAAUUUGUUGAAUCUCGAUGAUGGGUCUGUUGUUAAUAUGUCUGUGCCUAUUGUUCUUGCGAUUGAUGAUCAACAAAAAGCCCUAAUCGGUGAAUCUAAACGUGUCUCCCUUGUUGAUUCUGAUGAUAAUCCAAUCGCUAUUCUCAAUGAUAUUGAGAUUUAUAAACAUCCGAAAGAAGAGCGAAUAGCGAGAACUUGGGGUACGACUGCACCGGGUUUGCCUUAUGUAGAAGAGGCGAUAACCAAUGCUGGAGACUGGCUCAUUGGGGGUGAUCUUGAGGUUUUGGAACCUGUUAAGUACAAUGAUGGGCUUGAUCGUUUCAGGCUUUCCCCGUUUGAACUGCGUAAGGAGCUAGAGAAACGUGGUGCGGAUGCGGUCUUUGCGUUUCAGCUUAGGAACCCAGUUCAUAAUGGACAUGCUCUUCUUAUGACUGAUACUCGUAGGAGACUUCUUGAGAUGGGUUAUAAAAACCCUAUCCUUUUGCUUCAUCCAUUGGGAGGGUUUACAAAAGCUGAUGAUGUUCCUCUAAGCUGGCGAAUGAAACAGCACGAGAAGGUGCUAGAGGAUGGUGUUCUUGAUCCAGAGACUACUGUGGUUUCCAUAUUCCCAUCUCCAAUGCUCUAUGCUGGUCCAACCGAAGUCCAAUGGCACGCAAAGGCUAGGAUCAAUGCUGGUGCUAACUUCUACAUUGUCGGUAGGGAUCCGGCUGGAAUGGGUCAUCCCGUGGAGAAACGUGAUCUGUACGAUGCUGAUCACGGGAAGAAAGUUCUAAGCAUGGCUCCUGGACUCGAACGACUCAACAUUCUUCCUUUCAGGGUUGCUGCGUACGAUAAGACACAAGGAAAGAUGGCUUUCUUUGAUCCCUCAAGGGCUCAGGACUUCUUGUUCAUUUCUGGCACUAAGGUAAAUAAACACUUCUCAAACCAAUUGGGACAUAAUGUAACUAAGCUCAAGUGUAUUCAAUUUCUGAUCAAAGAUUUGAUGGUUGUUUUGAUAGAUGAGAGCAUUGGCAAAGAACAGAGAGAACCCACCAGAUGGAUUUAUGUGCCCUGGAGGCUGGAAAGUCCUUGUGGAUUACUACGACAGUUUGACACUAACCGGAAACACCAAACUUCCGGAAAAGAUUCCGGUUUAAGACCGAUAAAACCAUUUAUUUGUUUUUGUUUCUCAACAUAAUGAUUAUUCCUUCUUGUUGUAAGAUUUAGAAAGCUAUAUGAACAAAAGUAACACAAAUCUUACAUACAUAUAAACUAAAAAAAAAAACCAGAAUGAAUCUAACUUUUAAUCCCU